AGGAGGAGGAGAAGAAAGAGGAGGAGGAGGAGGAGAAGGAGGCAAAGAGUCCUCCGCUGUAUCACUGGAGAGCAUCCAGUUGCAGCUGGAGCCUCCUACUGAAGGCAGUUGAGCUCACCACGGCCACAGCCCUCCUGGAAGCCAGCAGUGCAGAGGGCUCAGUCUCCCCUCCAUAGGCUGCACCCCACAUCUCCUCCCACCCUGCUCCUCGGGUAGAAAAGCAGCCUCAAGAAAGGACACUCAGCCCCAGAGGGAGGCAAAGGAUGAAGCAGGAGCAGACAUAAUCCAACACAGAGGUCCGAUACACAAUUCUGCAGAUUUGCUCAGGGUCCAAUAGCUGGUGCUUUGACGAAAACAAAAUGAGGAAGCAUCGACAUUUGCCCUUAGUGGCAAUAUUCUGCCUUUUACUCUCAGGUUCCAGGGUGACUGAUGCUCAAGAGGCUGUCAAAAUGAGUGCCGCUGCAGAUAUAAUAUUUCUAGUGGAUUCCUCUUGGAGCAUUGGCAAAGAACAUUUCCAACUAGUUCGGGAGUUUCUCUAUGAUGUUAUAGAAACUUUAGCUGUGGGAGGAAAUGAUUUUCGUUUUGCUCUGGUCCAGUUCAAUGGAAACCCACAUACUGAGUUCCUGCUAAAUACGUACAGUACUAACCAAGAGGUCCUGUCCCAUAUUUCGAACAUGACUUACCUGGGGGGAGACAGCAAGACUGGCAAAGGCUUACAGUACGUGAUACGGAACCAUUUGACUCCGGCUGCCGGGAGCCGAGCGAGCGAUGGUGUCCCCCAGGUUAUCAUAGUAUUAACCGAUGGACGAUCCCAGGAUGAUGUGGCCGGGCCUUCGGCAGAGCUUAAAUCUGCUGCCGCCGUGGACGUGUUUGCCAUUGGUGUGCAAGAUGCAGAGGAAGGCGAGCUGCAGGAGAUGGCCAGUGAACCCCUUGAUUUGCAUGUUUUCAACCUAGAGAAUUUUACUGCCCUCCAUGACAUAGUAGGCAACUUAGUGGCCUGUGUCCAUUCCUCCAUGGUUGGGGACAUUGCUGGGGCUCCAGAGAUACCCAAAGACAUCACAGCACAAGAAUCUGCUGACCUUAUUUUCCUUAUUGAUGGAUCAGACAAGACUGGAAGUGUCCAUUUUGCAGCCAUUCGAGAUUUCCUUGUAAAUUUCCUUGAGAGACUUUCCAUUGGAGCUCGGCAGAUCCAAGUUGGGGUAGUGCAGUAUAGCAAUGAGCCCAGAACUGCCUUCUAUUUGAAUAGCUACUCCACAAAAGCUGAUAUUCUGGAUGCGGUGAAGGCUCUUAGGAUCAUUGGUGGUGAGGAGACGAAUGUGGGGGCUGCCCUGGACUUUGUGGUGGAGAACCACUUCACCCAGGGAGGAGGCAGCAGAGUGGAGGAAGGGGUCCCACAGGUGUUAGUGCUCAUCAGUGGCUCACAGUCUAGUGAUGAUAUUAGAGAUGGGGUGGUAGCCUUGAAGCAAGCUAGUAUAUUUUCAUUUGGCCUUGGGGCUCAGGGUGCCGACAGGGCAGAGCUCCAGAACAUUGCUACCGAUGAAAAUUUCGUGUUUACCACCCCGGAAUUUCGUAGCCUUGGCGACUUACGAGAAUACUUACUGCCCUACAUUGUUGGAGUGGCCCAAAGAACAAUUGUGUUGCAGCCCCCAACGAUUGUCACCCAAGUCAUUGAAGUCAACAAGAGAGAUAUAGUCUUCCUGUUAGAUGGCACAACUACACGGGGACCAGCCAACUUCAAUGCCAUCCGUGACUUCAUUUUCAAAAUCAUCCAGAGGCUGGAAAUUGGACCGGAUCUGAUUCAAGUGGCCGUGGCCCAAUACGCACACACUGUUAAGCCAGAGUUUUAUUUUAAGGACUUCCAAACUAGAAGGGAUGUCCUCAGUGCUGUUCGGAAGUUGAGGCCCCUUAAUGGCUCAGUGCUCUACACGGGUGCUGCACUUGACCAUAUCAGGAACAACUUCUUCAAUAGUUCUGUUGGUUAUCGGGCUGCAGAAGGAGUCCCCAAACUCCUUGUGUUGAUCACGGGAGGUAAGUCCUUAGAUGACAUCAGCCAGCCGGCCCAGGAACUGAAGAGAAGUGGUAUCAUGGCCUUUUCCAUUGGGAGCCCAAUGGCAGACAGAACGGAGCUGGAAGAAGUUGCCUUUGAUUCCUCCUUGGUGUUCGUCCCUCCAGAAUUCCGAACUGGAACUCUGCAAGCCAUUCUCCCUAGUUUGCUGGCACCAUUAAGAACUCUUUCUGGAACCACCCAAGUUCCUGUAAACAAAAGGGAUAUCAUCUUUCUUUUGGAUGGAUCAUUCAACGUGGGAAACACCAACUUCCCUUAUGUGCGCGACUUUGUAAUGAACUUAGUGAACAGCCUUGAUGUGGGCUAUGACAAUAUCCGGGUUGGUUUAGUUCAAUUUAGCGACACUCCUGAAACUGAAUUCUCCCUAGACACAUACCAAUCCAAAGCAGACUUGCUUGCUCGCCUGAGGCAGCUGCAACUCAAAGGGGGGUCCACUCUGAACAUUGGCUCAGCGCUUGACUUUGUGCGCUCCAAUCAUUUCACGGAAGCCGGCGGGAGCCGGAUUCAUGAGAACGUCCCUCAGCUCCUCCUCCUGCUUGCUGCUGGGCAGUCGGGGGAUUCUUACUUGCAAGCUUCCAAUGCUUUAGCCCGAGCUGGAGUCCUGACCUUUUGUGUGGGUGCUAGCCAGGCUAACAAGGCCGAGCUCGAGCAGAUUGCAUUUAAUCCCAGCCUGGUCUAUCUUAUGGAUGAUUUCAAUUCCCUACCAGCCUUGCCACAGCAAUUGAUUCAGCCCCUAACCACGUAUGUUAGUGGUGGUGUGGAAGAAGUUCCACUUGCCCCAACAGAAAACAAGCGGGACAUUCUGUUCCUCUUCGAUGGCUCAGCCAACCUUGUUGGUCAGUUCCCUGCAGUUCGGGAUUUUCUCUACAAGAUUAUUGAUGAGCUGGAUGUGAAACCUGAUGGUACUCGGAUAGCAGUAGCCCAAUACAGUGACAAUGUCAAAAUUGAGUCUCGUUUUUCUGAACACCAGAAUAAGGGAGAGAUCUUGAAUGUAGUAAAACGGAUGAAGAUUAAGACAGGCAAACCCCUCAAUAUGGGCUAUGCACUGGACUUGGCACAGAGAGAACUUUUUGUGAAGUCAGCUGGAAGUAGAAUCGAGGAAGGGGUGCCUCAGUUCCUCGUCCUUCUGGCUGCUGGAAGGUCAACUGAUCGUGUGGACGUGCCAGCCCAGAACCUGAGACAAGUAGGCAUUAUCCCGUUCAUUUUCCAAGCCAAGAAUGCAGAUGCUGCUGAACUAGAAAGGAUUGUACUCUCCCCUGCAUUUAUCCUGAGUGUUGAGUCUCUGCCCAAGAUUGGAGAACUUCAGCCACAGAUUGUGAAUCUCUUAAAAACUGUGCAGAAUGGGGAACCACCACAAGGUCCAGGUGAGAAGAAAGAUGUUGUGUUUCUGAUCGAUGGCUCCGAGGGAGUCAGAAGUGGCUUCUCUUUAUUGAAAGACUUCAUUCAGAGAGUAGUAGAGAGCCUGGAUGUGGGCUCCGACCGGGUCAGGGUGGCCGUAGUGCAGUACAGUGAGCGAGCCCGGCCUGAAUUCUACCUGAACACAUACUCAGAUCAGCAGGCGGUGGUCAAUGCCAUCCGCCGGCUCUCCCUGCUUGGCGGCUCAUCCCUCAACACUGGCUCUGCUCUGGAAUUUGUCAUGAGGAACAUCCUUGUGGAAUCAGCAGGGAGCAGGAUCUCCGAAGGUGUCCCCCAGUUCUUGAUCGUUCUCAGUGCAAGCAGGUCCCGGGAUGAUAUCCGAGCUCCCUCGGUGAUUCUGAAGAGGAGCGGCGCAGUCCCCUUUGGCAUCCGGAUUGGCCAAGACGAUGACACAGAGAUGCGUACCAUCUCUUACACCCCCGACUUUGCCGUGGUCAUCCCCACCUUCCAACAGCUCAGUUCUGUGCAGCAGGUCAUCUCCGACAAAGUGACUCUUCUCACCCGGGAAGAACUGGAGAAGAUAACGCCUAUCCUGACCGUGGGACCAACAGGGGUCGGCAGCAAGAGGGAUGUGGUCUUUCUCAUUGAUGGUUCCCAAAAAACUGUGCAAGAGUUCUCUUACAUUCGUGCCUUGAUCGAGAGUCUCAUUGAGGAAUUGGAUGUGGGUUUUGACACCACCCGAGUGGCUGUGAUCCAGUUCAGUGAGGAUCCCAGGGUUGAGUUUUUGCUGAACGCCUACACCAGCAAAGAUGAAGUGCAGAAUGCAGUGCGGAGGCUGCGUCCCAAAGGUGGCCGGCAGAUCAACGUGGGCAGUGCACUGGACUACGUGUCCAAGAACAUCUUCCGGAGGCCCCUGGGGAGCCGCAUCGAAGAGGGAGUGCCUCAGUUUCUCGUGCUGGUCUCUUCUGGGAAUUCCGAUGAUGAGGUGGAUGACUCUGCUCUGCAGAUUAAGCAGUCGGGUGUGGCCCCUUUCACUGUGAGCCGGGAUGCCGAUCCUGAGGAAUUGAUCAAGAUUGCGCUGAGUCCCGAGUACGUGUUUUCAGUGAGCACCUUUAGAGAGCUGCCAAGCCUGGAACAGAAGCUCCUGAACCCCAUUACCACUUUGACCUCAGACCAGAUAGAGAACAUCCUGUCUCGAACACAGUACCGACCCUCAGUUGUAGGAAGUGAUGCCGCUGACAUCAUCUUCCUCAUUGACUCUUCUGACAACGUCAGGCAGGAAGGACUUGCCCACAUUAGAGAUUUCAUCAGCAACAUCGUUCGGAAGCUCAAUAUUGGCCCCAACAGAGUUAGGAUUGGGGUGCUGCAGUUUAGCAAUGAUGUCUUCCCAGAGUUCUACUUGAAGACUCAUAAAUCCCAAGCUUCUGUAUUGGAUGCCAUUCGGCGCCUGAGGUUCCGCGGGGGUUCCCCACUGAACACUGGCAAGGCUUUGGAUUUUGUGGCCAAAAACUUUUUUGUGAAGUCAGCCGGAAGCAGAAUAGAAGAUGGGGUUCCUCAGCACCUUGUCCUGUUUCUUGGAGGAAAAUCCCAGGAUGACGUCUCUAGAUCUUCUAGAGUGAUUGGCUCAGCCGGGAUUGUCAGCGUAGGAGUGGGCGCCCGAAAUGUUGACAGAACUGAGCUGAAGACAAUCACUAAUAAUGAGAGGCUUGUCUUCACCGUCAGAGACUUUAGGGACCUUCGAAAUAUUGAAAACCAAGUCAUAAAUUCAUUUGGACCCUCCGGAGUGACUCCAACACCUCCAGGUCCAUUUCCUCCUUCAACCCCAGUGGCAAAGAAAGCCGACAUUGUCUUCCUGUUGGAUGGCUCCAUCAACUUCAAAAGAGAUAACUUCCAAGAAGUUCUCCGUUUUGUCUCGGGGAUAGUGGACACCAUUUAUGAAGGUGGAGACUCCAUCCAGGUGGGCUUGGUCCAAUACAACUCAGACCCCACUGAUGAAUUCUUCCUCAAGGACUACUCCACCAAAGAAGAGAUCAUUGACGCCAUUAACAAAGUUGUCUACAAAGGUGGGAGGGAAGCCAACACCUUUGUGGGCCUUGAGCACCUCAGGAAGAACCACUUCGUGUCCGAGGCUGGCAGUAGGAUUGACCAGCGGAUCCCUCAGAUCGCCUUUGUGAUCACCGGAGGAAGCUCUGUGGAAGAUACUGAGGAAGCUACCCGGGCCCUGUCCCAGAAAGGUGUCAAGGUGUUUGCUGUUGGAGUGAAGAACAUUGACUUGAGGGAAGUGUCAAGGAUCGCUUCCAACAGUGCCAUAGCUUUCAGAGUGAGCAACGUCCAGGAACUGUCAGAAUUGAGCGAGCAAGUGCUGGAAACUCUGCAUGACGCGAUGCAUGAGACUCUCUGUCCCGGCAUGCCAGAUGUCUCCAGAGAGUGCAGCCUGGAUGUGAUUCUUGGCUUCGACGGCUCCCGAGACCAGAACGUGUUUGUGUCCCAGAGGGGCUUGGAAUCCAAGGUGGAUGCUGUCCUGAACCGCAUCACCCAGCUCCAGCGGAUCAGCUGCACGGGCAGCCAGGAGCCCACCGUGCGGGUGGCAGCUGUGGCCUACACCCCUUCGGGCCCUGUGGAAGGCUUCGACUUCUCCGAGUACCAGCCUGACCUGUUUGAGAAGUUCCAGACCAUGCGCAAUCAGCACCCUUACCUUUUGACGGCGGAUACACUGAAAGCGUAUCAGAAUAAAUUCAGGAGCUCCUCGCCGGGCAGUGUGAAGGUGGUUAUUCAUUUUACUGAUGGGGUAGAUGGCAGCCUGGCUGACUUACAAAAAGCAUCUGCUGAAUUGCAAGAAGAAGGUGUGAAGGCCCUGAUCUUCAUUGGUCUUGAACGAGUUGCCAACUAUGACAAUGUGAUGCAGCUGGAGUUUGGUCGUGGCUUCACUUACAAUCGGCCCUUGACAGUGAAUUUGAUGGAUCUGGACUAUGAGCUGGCAGAACAACUUGAUAGCAUUGCUGAGAGAGCAUGCUGUGGUGUGCCCUGCAAAUGUUCUGGACAGAGAGGAGACCGAGGACCUCUGGGCAGUCUUGGGCCAAAGGGUAUGCCUGGAGAAGAUGGCUAUCGAGGUUAUCCUGGGGAUGAAGGUGGACCAGGUGAACGUGGACCUCCUGGUGUGAAUGGUACUCAAGGUUUCCAAGGAUGCCCAGGCCAGAGAGGAACAAAGGGUUCCCGGGGAUUCCCAGGAGAAAAGGGUGAAUUGGGAGAGAUAGGGCUGGAUGGACUAAAUGGUGAAGAAGGAGACAAAGGAUUGCCAGGUUCUUCUGGAGAGAGAGGAAGUGCUGGCAGACGGGGAGACAGAGGUCCUAAAGGAGAGAAAGGAGAGAGAGGAGACAUGGGAAUUCGUGGUGAUCCGGGUGAAAUAGGAAAGGACAAUCAACAACAAGGACCCAGAGGAGAGAAGGGUGAAAUUGGCCCAAUGGGAGUACCUGGACUUGAUGGGAGAGCGGGUGGUCCUGGAGGACUUGGGAAAGAUGGCGGUCCUGGACGUCGAGGCCCUCCGGGAGCGAAGGGUAACAAAGGAGGCCCAGGGCCAGCAGGAGUUUCAGGAGAACCAGGAACAAGAGGGCCACAGGGUCCAGCUGGUCCAACCGGUCCCCCAGGCUUAAUAGGUGAACAAGGCAUUCCUGGACCAAGGGGAGGUGGUGGAAACCCUGGAGUUCCUGGUGAUCGUGGCCGACCUGGUCCCCUGGGAUCCAAGGGUGAGCCUGGAGAGCCUGGUCCAAAGGGAGGUAAUGGACCACGUGGACCUCGGGGAGAGAUGGGAGAUGAUGGUCGAGAUGGCAUAGGCCUUGAGGGACAGAAAGGCAAAAAGGGAGAACGUGGAUUCCCUGGAUAUCCAGGACCAAAGGGUGCUCCUGGUGACCGAGGUGUGGAUGGAGGACCAGGACCUAAAGGAAGCAGAGGCCGUCGGGGAAAUUCAGGACCACCUGGAGUUCUUGGACAGAAGGGAGACCCAGGAUACCCAGGACCAUCCGGUGAUAAAGGCAACAGAGGAGAAUCAGUGGAGCAAUGUGCCCUGAUUCAGAGCAUCAAAGAUUCAUGCCCUUGCUGUUAUGGGCCCCUGGAAUGCCCAGUUUUCCCAACAGAACUCGCCUUCGCUUUAGACACCUCUCAAGGGGUGAGCCAAGAUAAUUUCAGCCGGAUGAAGGAUGCCCUCCUGAGGAUUGUGGGAGACUUGACCAUAGCAGAGAGCAAUUGUCCUCGAGGGGCCCGAGUGGCGGUGGUGACCUACAACAAUGAAGUAACCACGGAGAUCCGAUUCCCCGACUCCAAGAGGAAAUCCCUGCUGCUGGAGCGCAUCAAGAACCUGCAGGUGCCCUUGACGUCCAAGGAACGCAGCUUGGAAACCGCCAUGUCCUUCGUGGCCAGGAACACCUUCAAGAGGGCUCGCAGCGGCUUCCUCAUGAGGAAGGUGGCUGUCUUCUUCAGCAACGGUGUCGUCCGAGCCUCCCCUCAGCUCAAUGAGGCCGUGCUCAAGCUGUCCGAUGCGGGAAUCACACCCUUGUUCCUGACCAGCAGGGAGGAUAGGACCCUCAUCAAUGCUCUGCAGAUCAACAACACAGCUGUGGGACAUGCUCUGGUUCUCCCCUCUGCAAGGAACCUCAAUGAGUUCUUGAAGAACGUGUUGACUUGCCAUGUGUGCUUGGAUAUAUGUAAUCCUGACCCAUCGUGUGGAUUUGGCAGCUCUCGGCCCGCCUUCCGGGACAGGCGAGCCGCGGGCAGCGAUGUGGACAUUGACAUGGCCUUCAUCUUGGAGAGUUCAGAGACCACUACCCCGUUUGUCUUCAGUGAGAUGAAGAAGUACAUCACCUACAUGGUCAAGCAGUUGGACAUCAGUCCCGAUCCCAAGAUGUCCCAGCACCUCACCCGGGUCGCUGUCCUCCAGCAUGCACCCUGGGAGCACGAGACCAACACCAGCAUCCCCCCUGCCCGGGUGGAAGUCUCCCUAACUGAUUAUGGCUCCAAGGACAAACUGGUGGACUUCCUCAGCAACCGCAUGACCCUGAUGCCCGGAACCAGAGCCCUGGGCAGUGCCAUUGAGUAUGCCAUCGAAAGCGUCUUCGAAAGUGCCCCCAAUCCCCGGGACCUGAAGAUCAUGGUUCUCAUGGUCACAGGCGAGCUGAGGAAGGAUGAACUCGACGACCUCCAGAGAAUCAUCGUCCAGGCCAAGUGCAAAGGGUACUUCUUUGUCAUUCUGGGCAUCGGCCGGAAGGUCAACGUCAAGGAUGUCUACAGCUUCGCCAGCGAGCCCAACGACGUCUUCUUCAAACUGGCCGACAAACCCACGGAGCUGAACGAAGAGCCGCUGUUACGCUUCGCAAGGCUGCUGCCCUCCUUCGUCAACAGUGAAAAUGCAUUUUACUUGUCUCCAGAUGUAAGGAAACAAUGUGAUUGGUUCCAGGGGGAUCAGCCAGCCAAGAAUCCUAUUAAGUUUGGCCAAAAGCAAAUACACGUUCCUCACAAUGCGACUUCCAUUUCUACACCCAAGCCCGUGACUACCACAAAACUCACGACUUCAGCACCUCUCUCUUCUGUAAAGCAGGCUUCUGCAAAACUGGUCCCUGCAAAUCCAGUUGCUGCUCAUGUGCCUUCUGUAAAGCAGGCCCCUGAAAAUCCAUCGGCUGCUCAUAUGGCUCCUGUAAAGCAGGUCCCUGCAAAUCCAGCUGCCACUAAUCCAGUUGCUGCAAAGCAGGCCCCUGUCAAUCCAGCCCCUGCAAAGCAGGCCCCUGUCAAUCCAGCCCCUGCAAAGCAGGCCCCUGUCAAUCCAGCCCCUGCAAAGCAGGCCCCUGUCAAUCCAGCUCCUGUUAAGCAAGCCCCUGUCAACCCUGUUGCUGCUAAUGCAGUCCCUGUUAAGCAGGCCCCUGUCAAUCCAGCUCCUGUUAAGCAGGCCCCUGUCAACCCUGUUGCUGCCAAUCCAGCCCCUGCAAAGCAGGCCCCCGCAAACCCAGCCACGGUAGCUAGGCCACUCGCCUCAAAGCCAGCUGCUUCAAAGCCAGUGGCCACUAAGUUAGUGGCUACGAAGCCUGUGACUACGAAACCACUCACCACGAAACCCCAGGCCACGAAGCCACUGUCCCCGAAGCCAGCAGUUAAGACUUCCAGAGAAGUGCAGGUCUCCGAGAUCACUGAGAACAGUGCCAAGCUUCGAUGGGUGAAUCCUGACCAACCCAAUCCUUAUAUUUAUGACCUCACCAUCACCUCCACGCACGACCGCUCCGUUGUCCUGAAACAGAACCUUACGGUGCCCGAACGGAUCAUCGGAGGUCUUGUUGCCGGGCAGACGUACCAUGUGGCCAUCGUGAGCUACCUGAAAUCCCAGGUCAAAGCGACCUAUGAGGGAACAUUCACCACAAAGAAAAUCCAGUCUCCACCACCUCAGCCUCCCAAGACUGCUUCGAGCGCCACAGUAAACCUCAUGGUGAAUUCUGAGCCAUGGAAAGGGACAGAAGCAGAUGUCUGCAAGCGGCCCAAGGAAAUAGGGACCUGCCGGAAGUUCAACUUGAAGUGGUUCUAUGAUCCCGAGACCAAGAGCUGUGGCCGGUUCUGGUACAGUGGCUGCGGGAGCAAUGGCAACAACUUUGAGACUCAGUCUGACUGUGAAAGGGCCUGUUUGCCUGCACACAUCAAUCCUGGAGUCAUUUCAACAAUAGGAACCUAACCGUGACAGACUGUUGACACAUACCUCUUCCAGAAGCACAGGACUCAGCUAUUCCCAACUUGCCCUUUUAGAAGCUAUGGGUAGACAAGACCAUGCACUGUUCUAUUUCGUGCUUUACCUUAUGAGCAAACCUUGAAGGAAAUGUUUUUUUGUUUUUUUAACUUUUUUUGCUGCAUGACCUAUCAAUAUGGUGCUAAAUUUGUUUGUGGACUGAGUGCUCUUGUCUUCAGGUGGUUAUAGCCUAUCCCUUCCACAUUAUGAAAUACAGACACCCCCCAGCAGUGUUGCUCAUGAUCAAUUUGCCCAAUUCUCAUUCCCAGUGGAGGUCGGGAUCCCACUCAUUGGGGGCCGUGUAAAACCUCCAACAAGAAGCUCCUUGACUCCCUACAGCUAUGUUAUCCAGACCUGCUUAGCUCAUCAUUUCCUUAACUUGAGAUGGGAAGUCUCUGUGUGGGGAGCUGCUUCUCCCCAUAGGCUCACUAUCAGCUUGGUGUAGUUUUGCUGGGUUAUAUUUCCAUCUGAUUGCUCUUUGUCGAUAUUCUGAACAGAACUAACCUAACUAGAAACAUGGAAGACGUCUUUGCACAGAUGCACUGCUGGGACCCACGCCUCAGUUAAAGAUUUUAAAGUCCUGGUGUAGAAUGUUUUUGGCAUUCUUCUGAUGUUGUGGGUUUUAUAGAAUAAAAAAUGGGGAGGGAGGGAAUUUAAUUUUUAUUUUGUUUUUGGGAAAUCUACACAAAGGAACUUUUUAAUAAAGUUUAAUGGAGGUUUUUUUGA